AUGGAAAGGGAGACGUAUACCAUCACGUCAUUCAACAGGCGGGCACUUUUGAACAUCCUCAAGGACAGCGGCUUUCCACAGAAUACGCCCCAGAUCCUGUACACCGACAGCCUCACCGCCCGUCUUGCGGUUCUGAACCCUCUGAACGUGGCCAGAAUCCGCUGCAUCGACAUUCGAUACAAAUGGAUCAUCGAACAGGUCAAACAGGACAAGUUUGCGGUGCAGCACAUCAGAGGAAUAGAGAUGCCCGCGGAUGGGCUUGACAAAGCCACCGGGCAGGGAACAACACCACAGGUUUCGUGGUUCUGA